CCCGAGUCUACCAAACUAAACCCUAGCACCAACCAACUCAUCCACCUCCCAUCCAGCCGCCGCCGCCGCCGCCCCUACUUCUCGACGGGGCGCAACCGCCGUGGCCUCCAGGAAGAACUCGAAAUGGGUCUCCUCAGUAUCAUCAGGAAAAUCAAGCGCAAGGAAAAGGAGAUGCGUAUUCUCAUGGUCGGCCUGGACAACUCGGGUAAGACGACAAUUGUGCUCAAGAUAAAUGGUGAGGACACCAGUGUCAUCAGCCCUACUCUCGGCUUUAAUAUCAAAACCAUCCAGUACCAAAAGUACUCGCUGAACAUAUGGGAUGUCGGGGGCCAGAAGACCAUCCGUUCGUAUUGGAGGAACUACUUCGAGCAGACUGACGGUCUAGUUUGGGUGGUGGAUAGUUCCGACGUCCGAAGGCUCGACGAUUGCCGUGCUGAGCUCCACAAUCUUUUGAAAGAAGAGAGACUGGCUGGAUCGUCGCUGUUAGUUUUCGCAAAUAAGCAGGACAUCCAGGGCGCUUUGAAGCCUGACGAAAUCGCCAAGGUUCUGAAUCUUGAAGUGAUGAACAAGGACCGGCACUGGAAGAUCGUCGGCUGCAGCGCCUACACGGGCGAUGGCCUGCUCCAGGGCUUCGACUGGCUGGUCCAGGACAUCGCCUCCCGCAUCUACGUCCUCGACUGAAGUCUCGACAUUUUAGCCCAUAUGAACUAGUGUUAUUAGUUACACAGCCAUCAUGUAAUAUGUAUGUAAAAUCUGAUGAUCAAGUUUGUUUUGCACUCCCAUGUUUAAUGUAGAGCGUUGGCGCAUCAUGUAAUAUGUAUGUAAAAUCUGAUGAUCAAGUUUGUUUUGCACUCCCAUUUUUAAUGUACAUCCUACAUGCACACCGAA